CCACCGUCAACUUUAGCUCGAUCGCCAUGGGUGUUCCCGAGGAUCAACGAAAAGCCGCCGAAGUUUACACUGGCCAGGCCGUCUUCUCCAAGAAGUCCAUGGAGCUCAUGGACGAGUUUGGACUUCCAUCCGGACUGCUGCCUCUCACAGGCGUGGAAGAAUGCGGGAUUGUGAGAGAGACCGGCUUCAUCUGGAUCGUCCUCAAGAAGGAGAUGGAACACUACUUCAAGCUGGCGGGGCGCAGAGUCUCGUUUGGGACGGAGAUCACGGCCGUGGCUGCCAGCGGCCAGCUCAAGAACAUAACCGGGAUCAAGGCCCGCGAGAUGAUGCUGUGGGUGGAGGUGAAAGCCAUGGAAGUCGAGCAGCGCAAGAUCCGGUUUAGAGCUCUCGCUGGGAUCACUCGCUCGUUCCCGGUGGAUUGCUUCGCUGCGGUAUGAAGAAGAGAUCGAUUAGUCCUAUAAAUUCCACUCUUUGGAUCAAAGUUAAACGAUUAGUUCUAUAUAUUUGAGUCGGAAUUAUAAACGAUUGUAGUUACAUUUUCUUAGCCAAAAGGUUGGUUCUUGUUUCCAUUUUUCGGUUCGAUAUCUCUCGCCCUCAAACUUAAAAAGACCGCGUCAACUUUUUCCACGAGAAAUACAUAUUUUGUUUUGUUUCUCGUUAUACGGGCUGCGUGGUUCGCCACCUAACGAGAGUAAAUUUUGCUGACACGCGCGCCCGUACGCUCCACCACUUGUGGACCCCUGGCUCAUCCCGCCUCUGUAUAAAACGUACAAUCCCUCCCUUCUCUUCCCUGUGUAUCUCGUCUAUAGCCAUAGCUAGAGCUGAGUGAGAGAAGAGCACUCCAGAAGAGGGAAAGAGAGCUCUCGAGCUUCCACAGCUAUGGUGGUCACCGACGAGCAGAAGAAGGGCGGCGAGAUGUACCAGGGGCACGAAGUUUGCCUGCCCAAGGCGGUGGAAUUGCUCCAGCAGUUUGGAUUGCCUGGAGGGCUCUUGCCCCUUGAGGAUGUCGAGGAAUGCGGCGUGGUGCACGACACCGGCUUCGUCUGGAUCCUCUCCAAGAAGAAAGUGGAGCACUACUUCAAGCUCGCCAAGCGCAAGGUGUGCUACGGCACCGAGAUCACGGCUCACAUCGUCAAGAACAAGCUGGGGCAGCUGCGCGGUGUCAAGGCCAGAGAGCUGCUGCUGUGGGUGGACGUGAACGAGAUCGAGGUGGACGAGCGCGACUCGGGUAAGAUCCACUUCCGCGGCCUGGCCGGGAUCACGCGGACUUUCCCGGUGGAGUGCUUCGCUCCAGGCGAGUGAUGGAAGGAGCUCUCUUUUAAACCGGGAAGAGGGGGAUCUGGAAAGUUGAGCUAUCGGUUAGUUCCAUCUUUGAGUUCCUAGAGUAGAAAAACUUCCCUGGUGUUGUUAGUUUGCAAAGAAAGCACAAACUUUAAAUCGAUCAAUUGUUCCAGCGA